AUGUCAUCGACCUGGAAAGCUAUCGGCCUUUACGAACUUGGACUAGAAAAGGACCGCGGGAUCACUGGAAACGGUCUAUACGGAUUCGACAAUGUUGGACUGGACGAUCUCACAAUGGAAAACCUGGCGCUCACCGCAUAUGCCUCACCUGGCUUUUGGGUCGGUCAGAUGGGACUAUUACCGUUGCCACUAAACUUUUCAGAAACAAUCAGUUCUCCAUCGUUGCUCUCUGCUCUUAAAGAUGAGGGCCACAUACCAAGUCUAGCGUAUGGGUAUCAGGCUGGUGCUCCGUACCGUGGAACAAAGAUACCUGCGAGCCUAAUACUUGGAGGGUAUGACCUUUCACGCUCUUCAAAGCCCCUCGAAGUUGACAUCAAUACCUCCGACAUGACCAGAGCUCUCAUGGUCGGGCUCCAGGACAUUGUCGUGACCAACACGCUGAACGGAACGCUUUCGUUAGUCGAAAAUGAGCGAAUACUAGCCCCAAUUGACUCAUCGGUCCCAGAGAUCUGGCUUCCCAAGUCGGUGUGUGAUCGCUUCGAGUCUGCUUUCGGCUUACAGUACCACGAUGGAACUGGGAGGUAUGUCCUCACGGAUUUGGCUAGGAAUCAGCUUCGUGAACUUGAUCCCACACUGACGUUCACCAUCGGUACCAAUGCUGUGACAGGAGGUAACACCACCGUCAUCCAAAUACCGUAUGAAGCUUUCGAUCUGCAGGCAGGAUAUCCAAUUUUCGCGAAUGCGACAAACUAUUUUCCGAUCCGAAGGGCUGAUAAUGAGAGCCAGUACGCGAUUGGCAGGGUAUUCUUACAAGAAGCCUACAUCGGCGUUGAUUACGAGUCUGGUAUCUUCAACGUCAGUGCGGCGAGAUGGGAUGAACUGGAGCCUGAGAUUGUGACGAUCUCAGGUAGAGAUCGUGAUGUGGACCCGGUCCGAAGAGACGGCUUAUCAGGUGGUGUGAUCGCUGGAAUCGUCGUCGGCUGCAUAGCAGCGAUGGUGUUGUUCAUCUUAGGCACGUGGUUUCUAGUGUUAAAACCUAGGCGAAGACGGAGGCAGAAUACAUCGCUGGAUGAGGUAGAUGAGAAGGUAGCCCACGACGCGCCGCAUUCACAUCCGGAGCUGACUGGUACCGCAUUCCAUGAGUUGCCGGCAAGGCAUGGCCAUAGUGAGCUCAGGGAGGCGAAGAUGGUACCCGAGCUGGGAAGCCAAGACCAUGUCCACGAAUUGCCUUCAGAGUCCGUUCGUUGA